AUGAAUAGUCUUCAAGACGAUUUAAGAGCAUCGUCGCUCAUAUUUCCUGAGACGGAACAAACUACUGAAACCGAACAAACUGUGACAACACCACCGACAUCGUCGAUCACACCCACAAUAUCACCAACAACACCCCCGAUUACAAACCCUACUUCUCUUCCCACCCCCUCUUCUUCCCUUCCCACACUUCCUCCAAAUGUUCCUACCACUCUUCCAAACCCAACUCCACCCUUUACAAACCCUGCUCCUCCUCCCUCUCCUCCAAACCCUGCUCCUUCACCUUCUCCUCCUCCCUCUCCUCCAAACCCUGCUCCCCCACCUUCUCCUCCUUCCCCUCCUCCAAACCCCGCUCCCCCACCUGCUCCUCCACCACCUGCUCCUCCACCUCCUCCUCCACCACCUCCUCCACCACCUCCUCCACCACCUCCUCCGAAUGUUGCUUCGCCUCCACCCCCUCCAAAUCCUCCACCACCACCUCCUCCCGUUGCCCCACCUCCUGCCCCACCUGUUGCACCUCCUCCCCCUCCUCCUCCACUUCCCCCAUCAUCUUCCGGCCCUCCUCCCUCUCCACCCGUGACUUCAGGAGCUUCCCCACCAUCAACCUCAUCUUUACAACCUCCACCUUUACCACCAUUCUACAAUGACUUCUACAAAAGAUCAAAAAUAGCACAAAAAUAAAAACUCACGUAUAAAAACAAUUUUACAAACAGAACAUUCAUAAUCCUCGAGUUGAAAACCUUGAAGUGUAAAUAAUAUAU